AUGACAGAGACAAGCCAUUAUGACCUGACCAUUGGACUGUUAGGCACGGAGGUUCCGAAAAACAGUCCGGUCAUAAAGUGGAAGGAUGGCUACACCACAAUCCUCCCUGCAGUGUUCGAUGAUCACAACAUUAAUGUUUGUGCUAAGGUGGACAUCCCAAUCAUUACAUAUCUCGCUAAAUGUCCAGUGUCUACACCUGAUUCGUUAUACAUAACGCACAUAUCGAAUAACCGCGUUCCCGCAACCGAUCUUCAUGAUUUGGUUGGUGACUCAUUGAGCCAAAACAAGCCAGUGGCGAUCAGAGGAAGGGGGCGACAUCCUGUGGGCCAAGAGUUGACAGCGGAGUUCCUGGAUCAAGACUAUGCAAUCUCACCGAAUAGGGCUGUAUGGGUUCAUGAUGUCAUGGCCCGUGCCAUCGAUCACACAAAGGCCACGAGGCCAGGCGUGAUCAAAUAUUUCAUUGAAUCGAUGAAAAAUCCAAAGACGAUACAAUGUGUGUUAGAUAUACCUCUCGCACAGGUAUCGCUUCCAGAUUCCUUGAAACAUGUCGAUCAUGGGCUCGCUUAUGGAUGGAAUCAGACGACAUAUGAUGUCCCAAUAAAAUCCAACGUACAUCCAGAGAACUUCACAGUGAAGGGCUGGGCGCUGCUUCACCAUGCUGGAUUCUUGACGUAUCCUCAUCACAACGCUGAGGGGAGUCUGACGUGGGUUAGGGUGGAAGUGGGGACACAGUUCUGGGUUGUAUUUCGACCGAAGAAUCGAUAUCACGAUCGUCAGCAUAUUCAAGACGUCGCAAUCAGGCUACGAAACUUCACCGAAAAUGAAGCUUGGAUCAAAGCGCACUGUGAUGCUGAGGUUAUCACACUCCUUCCAGGAGACAUCGUAAUUAUCCCACCAGGGCAAGUACAUGCCGUCUAUACACCAGUCGCAUCGUUCGCCACCGGGGGGCACUUCUAUCAUUAUGCGUGCAUGCAUCUCACGGAAAUAUCUCGAUACCUCGACGUCGUUGUGGGCGACUGCUUGACCAAUCAGACCUUGCAUAAUGCGCUGGAGACACUGCGACGCAUGAUAAUUGCGAUCCCGCGCCUGUCCCCACGAAUACCACUGUUCAGGAGAUCAUUGCUCGCUCUGUGCAUAAUGGUCACUCAAGGAAAGCAAUAUCGCGCAAAGGGGGGACCGAAGUCAGCUGUGGUUGAUACGGAAACAGCUAACCUAAGUACCGAGAUAGCCCGUGCGAUUUCAGGACAUCUCGGAGUUACAACACGCAUGUCUGGUCCUACAUUGCUGUACAACGGAGAUCAAUUCGAUAGAGGGGAGCUACUGACGGAAAAAUCACUCAACGAGGUGUUGACCUCAUUCACUCUAUUGUAG